CAAUCAGCUGUUUGAACGCUCCAAUUUGUGCCGUGAGCCCAGCAGCUGCUGCACAGACUCGAAGCCCAGCGGGCGAGCGCAGCAACCCGGAACGUCCGACCCGUACCCCCGCCGCCUCCCCGCCUAGCCCCCGCGAUGCGGCGGGGCCUGUGAUCAGCCGCGGACCCUAGGACACCUCACCUCACAACUACCUCAGCGCCACCUCCGCCUGCCGCCCCGCCCCUGCCCCAGGUCUCUGCACUGCCAUAAGGCGCCCCCCGCCUGAGGCUUCUUCACUCCUCUACCAUGUUCCAGCGUUUUACCAGCCUCUUCUUCAGCACCCCGGCGCCCCCGGAGGACCCCAACUGCCCCCGAGCCUUUGUCUCUGAGGAAGAUGAAGUGGAUGGCUGGCUCAUCAUUGACCUGCCGGACAGCUUCACCGCUUCCCCCAGCCCUGGGGCUGCCCCUGCCCCUGCAGGCCGCCCUCCGCCCGCGCCCUCCUUGAUGGAUGAGAGCUGGUUUGUUACCCCUCCGGCCUGUUUUACUGCAGAGGGGCCCGGACUCGGGCCUGCCCGUCUCCAGAGCAGCCCCCUGGAGGACCUCCUCAUCGAGCACCCAAGCAUGUCAGUUUAUGUUACUGGCAGCACCAUAGUGCUGGAGCCUGGACCUCCUUCCCCGCACCCUGAUGCUGCCCUGCCGGAUGGAAACCUUAGUGAUGGGGAGUUGGCGCCUGCUCACCGGGAGCCCCGGGCCCUGCACCACGCUGCCGCCCCCCUGCCGGCACGGGCUGCACUGCUGGAGAAGGCAGGCCAGGCACGGCGGCUGCAGCGGGCCCGGCAGCGGGCAGAGCGCCACGCGCUGAGCGCCAAGGUGGUGCAACGGCAGAACCGCGCCCGCGAGAGCCGUCCUCGCCGGCCCAAGCACCAGGGCAGCUUUGUCUACCAGCCAUGCCAGCGCCAAUUCAACUACUAAGUGUCCGCUGGCUGUGCCACAAGCCCCUCGCUGACUCCUGAUCCCUGUCCAGCCCCUCCGCCACAGCCAGUGUGCUGCUCAAGGGGCACCUGCAGCCCACCUUGGGCUGAUACUACAUCCUCCCUCCUUAGGUGUGUGAGGUGGGGUGAUAGCCACUCUCUCCCUGCGACUCCAUUUCCCUAUCUCUGAUCCUCUAGUCCGCCUCUGAACCUCCUUGCCCUUCACCCUCUAACCUUCUGGCCCCCAAGCUCAGCAUCUAAUCCUCCAUCUCCCCCACCAAUGACACCCCAUAUUUCCUCUUCUGGUCCUCAGCCCAACCUCUGCCCUGGCCUUCUCCAUCCCUGCCCUUCAGUCCUCUCUUUCUGAGAGUCUCUUCUUCCAGUCCCAGAUCUGACUCAUUCCCUACCUUCAACUCCCACGUUACCAUACUCACCCUAUCUCAUGUUUGGCACUACAUUCACUCCUGCUCCCUUAUUACUCAUUCCCAGUAAUUCUCCCACUGAAAGUAAAGGGUUCUCUGCCUCUAGUCUCCCUCUUCCCUCCCCUCUGGGGGCUGGGCUCCUCGGAGUUGCUUAGGCAUGGAAAGGUGAAGUAUGUGGAAAAGGACUGUGAAAUGUGAGUUGGAGGGAGAAGGUGAAGGGAAUCAAAGAAAAGAGGUAACCUAUUGAAAAUACAGAUAGGACAGACAGGUGAGAGGCUGUAGGAAACAGGGCACCAUGGAGGCUGGUACUGUGUUUGCUCAGAAGGCCAAGCCGUGCUCUCAAGCUGGAGCCUGGAGUCUGCUCCCACAUCCCUCUCCUAUAAUCUCACCUCCCAAAUCUCUUCCUGAAACCAACCCCUCUGCAGGCCCCUGUAUCUGAAGGGCUUAGUUAGUACCUUGCUGCCCUACUUGCAACAUGUCAACCCAGGAGUAAAGGCUGGGCAAGACCCUACAAUCCUGGACAUCUGUUCACAUGCCCAAGGUGCUAGAACUAGUUUAGGAGAGAUAUGGGCCAGAGUGAUUCGAGGAAGGGGAAGGACAGACCCCAGAGUAAGCAUGCAGAAUUACAAUGCUGGGGAGGACAAGCUGUGGGGUGAGGCCAUCCCAAGACUGGCAGCUUAGCCUUCAUCUUGCCUCUGGCCUUGUUUUCCAUACCCUGCCAGAAUGGCUAAUAAACACUCUUGGGCAGGAGGCCAGGAGCCCUACUGCCCCAUUCCCCUAUAAUCCCUAUUCAGGUUCAGGGCCUUUAGGGGACCUCUCUUCAUUUUCUCUCCCAGGGUUCUCUUCCUUUCCAGGCUGCUGGGGAGAAAUGGAUACCCUAUGGUUCCCCUUCCCUUCUCCUCCAAUAAACACCUAGAAGAGGGAACCUAAGUACCCAAGUGAAAGGAGAUGGACAGCCGGCUUUUCCCUUUCUCAUGGUGGGACUGAAUUUUGGGCUCAGACACCAGCAACAGCCUCUUGGGAUGCCCCAAGUUGCUUCCCUUUUCCUCUGUCCUUUUUUAGGUGUGCUCUUUCUUCCUUGGAACUUUUUAAGAUUUCCUGUUACAUACCAACAUGGGUCUUCCCCCUCACUCCAAUUCUAGGUUUCUAGGCCUCAUAGUCAAGCUGAGGCUUGGAGAAAACUCUGUAAUUUCAUGAGAGCAAAGGCAGCUGCCCUCCCUGACCCUAUAACCCUAAGCCUCACCUGGGGUGUAUGGGUCAGGGAGCAGGUAACCCCGUGGAUGCUGGGAUGGGGACAGAGGAAGCCCUACUGGGGGGUCUCCUAUCUAAGGGAGUAAGCCAAAUUUAUAUUAAGAGCAGAUCAAAGUCCCCAUGCCCAUCCACCAGGGCCUAGUAGUUGACAGCCUUGCUCCUCUUCCUAGGUUCUUCUUCAGUUACAACCUAGUUUCUUUUAUUCUUCCAGCUACUCCAUGGUUGCUUCACAGCCAGCUUAGGGUCUUCAGCACUUCAAAGAGAUGAAACUCCAACUCUUACCGCCUACUCCUUUGCUGUCAGCGGGAGCCUAGGCUCAGCUCUGGGAAGUGCUCAUGAUCCUUCUGUGGGGGAAGUGUGAGUUAUAGAGCACUUGGCUCAAAUUUCAAAAGGCUUCUCUCUACCUUACCCCAUAUUUAUGGAAGCUCCUGUAGUUCUAGAACUCUCCAAUAUCAUCAUUUGGCUAGUUGCAAGGCUCAUGUCUUUGUAUUUUCCUAUAGAUUCUGUAGCACUUGAGUGUGGCAAUAUUUUAACUGUGUGUAUUUCUAAGAACAACACUACUUGGUCUCCUGCUAGUCUGACUCCUGAAGCAUCAGAACUUGUCAUACUGUAUUGACUGUGUAUGUGCCUUUCACCUUGAGCAUGCUUCAGGAUUUUUUUUUUUUUUUAAACCACAGAACUUGAAUCCAUGAAGGAACCAGAAUUCACAAAGUCUAUGCAAUCUUAGACAGGAGAGGGUUAGAGAGUCUGUCUUUACUGACGUUUUCAGAGACGCUGGAGAAGUUUGUUCCAGAUUGUGAGUGUUAAUAUCAGUACUACCAGCACUUUGCCAAAACUGAGUAUGUCCAAGGGACCCCUGUUUCUAGAGUGAGUCUCAAUUACAUCAAAGGAUAACUUCCAGUAAUUCCCCAAUAUAUCUGAGUGCUCUCUGCAAGCUGGGUGUCAUUUCCAGCUUUUGCCAGUCUGGCCCCAGCAGGGUACUAUGUGUGAAUGAAUGCUGCUGUUUUGGAGUAUGUUUGCUCCCCAGCCCCCACCCAGAACCCUGAUCAGUUUGCUCUGACCCAUAAUGUUAGGUGCAAUGAGGACCCUAUCAGAGCUCUUGGAUGACUCUUAAAGAUCUAUGUGGCUUUUAUGUGAGGGGACGGAAGGCAGACACACCAUGGCCCCUUAUAUCUUCCCUCUUGUUCUGCCACCUAGUUCCAAAUGGAACUAGCAAGUUGAGUGCAUCCCUCUUGAGUGUUGUGUUGAGACAGGCUGAAAAGAGGAGACUCUAGUUAACUAUGUUGUGACAUGUUGACAGACUCAAAGACACAACCACCUCAGCCUGGUCAUGUGGCAUGCCUGUGUAUGUGUGUAACAGGAUUCUGAUUGUUAGACUGUAAUGUUUUCUUCUAUG